UCAAACAAAAUAGAACGUUUUCCGUUGUUGUGAUUCGUUUAUUGAUAUAAUUUAUAGUAUUUUAUGGUGACUACGUAUAAUUUAACAGAACAUAUUAUUUAUAAAGUUUAAGAUAAUUAAAACUUUCGACUUUUCAUACAUGGUUAGUUGCUUCAAGGAGUGUUGACUUUAAAAACAACUAUACGCUUUAGCCGUGCGAUGAGUCAAUGGUGAUAUACAAUUACAAUGGGUAAGCGAUGUAUUAACGCCUUCCUAGUACUAAUUUUAUUCAUCGGUUGCUGCAAAUGUGAUCGCGGCGACUACAUUGGCUGCUACAGAUUUAAAAUCGAGGAUCUAUUGAAUACUCACACAGGACAAUCUGUGGACGUGUGCCUGUCGGCUUGCGAGCAAGUUUAUUACAAAUACGCACUCAUCGGUAACGAAUCCACCUGUUUUUGCGGUAAUAUUCCUGGUCAAUUCAGGAUUUCGUUAGACUUGUGUGAUACGCCGUGCCCUAAGAAUGAAACUCAAAAGUGUGGUGGGGACAACGCUGGCAGUGUUUACGAUACGGAUGUGAGAGCCCCUGGUCCACCUACUACGUUAGAUGUGUCGAACUUCACAGAAACUACGGCCCGUUUACAGUGGACCAUACCCCAGGCAUAUUCAAUUAUUACGGGUUAUGUGGUGAGAGCUACACCUUUAGAAAGUUAUGCAGAUUACCCGUUACCACCUUUUGAAUGGAGGCUCUCAAAUAGUACAUACCAGUUUGUGUUAGUAAACUUGCAUCCAGGGUCUUUGUACAAUGUCAGUGUAGCAGCCACUAAUCAUGACGAGGAGGGGCCUAAUGUCACAGUCAGUGUUACUACAGUGAUUGGCACACCAGACCCCAGUCCCCCAGAUGUAGAUGUGAAGGAGAGACAUGGCGAUCGAAUGCUCGUACAUAUCCCUGAAGCUAAGAACAAUAAUGGUCCAGUAUCAAUGUACAGAAUUGUUGUCUCCGUUGAAUUGUACCAACAAGGAUUUCUUAUUGAAAAUCUUAGUAAUUACUCAUAUGCACAUGAACAAGGCCUCCCAUACUAUAUCACUGCAGAGUUAGACCCCAAUGAUAUAAAGCAGGACUUUGUAAUUGGGGACCGGAGUACGUAUAAUGGAUUUUAUAAUGCACCGCUGCCUCUGACCAAUGAUAUUGAUGUAUCCCUUGGUGUUGUCAGUAUUAAAGGCCAUAUUCGAAAAGUGAGGUAUGCAGAUUCAACUAAAAAGAUCAUCUUGAAUAUCAAUGAACCCGAAGAGAUUUCUCCAAUGGUGGUAGCAUUGGGUGCUGCCAUUGCUAUUGGCGUGGUACUACUGUUAAUUGGUGUUGGUCUCCUCAUCAUACUUCGCAAGAAAAUCCAACUAGCACGGAUGCAACGUGGCUCCCAAUCACUCCCCUUAAGUUUAAGUGAACCCUGUAUUGAGAUAGAAAACUCCGGAUUCCUUCAAGACGAAGAUGAAAGAGUUGACUACUAUGGCAACCUGAAACGUAAGCUAUGGAACAUACCUCGUAACCUCCUGGAAAUUGACAUAGCUUGUGUCGUCGGACUUGGUAGCUAUGGUAAAUUCACAAAAGGCUUAGUACAGCAACAUGGGGCACAGACUACAGGAUUCGUCCAGGUGAUAUCAGACAGGGAGUUGGAGAAACCUGACAAGAGACUCAUGUUACAGGAAUUGGAUAUACUUAUUAAAUCAAGUGAGCAUGAAAAUGUCAUCUCCUUGAUUGGAAUCUGUGAAACUAACACAACACUAUUUGUUAUGCUCCACGAUUGUAAACAGCCCUUAAAAGGAAUGUUACUGCAGAGUAGACAACGAGACCUCCAGAAUAACAAAUUUUGUCUCCUAACUGAAAACCAAAUAUUGCAAACCUGUGUGGACAUCGCUCGAGGCAUGGAGUAUCUUCACAGCAAGAAGAUUGUUCACAAACGUUUAUGUUGUCGCAACAUCGCGAUCACCGCAAAUGGAGUCACGAAAGUGGCUGGCUUUGGUUUAUCUCACAUGAGACCACUUCAUGAAACCCCCGAUUACACGCGGUGGACGUCACACGAGAUGCUGCGCCAGACUCGGUUCAACCCUAAAGCAGAUGUUUGGUCAUUUGGAUGUUUGGUCUGGGAAGUUUUGACAUUAGGGGCCACGCCAUACUCCCACACUGGUAACAAAGAUGUAGCCGCCAGGGUUUUGAGGGGCAUGCGGCCGUCGCAGCCGUCGUACGUUGGCGACGAGCUGUUCCAAUUAUGUUUACAGUGCUGGCAGGUGGAUCCCGAUGAGAGACCGUCGUUUUCGUCCCUUCUAAAUGAACUAUUGCCUUUCGUUGAAGCUCCCGGAACGAGGAGCAUUAGUUUCACGCACUAUAACGGCUUCAAUUAUGAACUGUAUGUUCCACAAUAUGAAGUUAUAUCAUAGUUUUUGUUAUACUAAUGAAAUAUAGCAAUUUAGUGACAUUAGUCAAUGAAAUGUCGUAUCCAAAGAGUAUAUGCUUCGUAAUUAGUACUAGAUACUCAAGUUGAGUGAUGUGGCAGCUAUUUCGCUCAUCAUACUCAGUAGCUUUAUAUAUCUCUCUCUCUGUUUAACUACUUGUAAUACUGUAGAAUUAGAUACCAGAAAAUAAAUUGUGAGUUUAAAACAUGAUUAUAAUGUCCUUCCUCUUGGUGGGUGGAAAGUUGGCAAUAUAUUACUUUAAAUUGAACACUUAGCUGAAGAAUAAGUAUGUGUAGAUACAUUUAUGGUUAUCAGACGCUUUCAAGAUUUUGUAAUCCGCAAAAUCCAGCUGUAAUAUUCAUGAAAUACCCAAUGAGGAAAGUAUUACUAAUGUCGCUAGAUAUAUAUCAACUAUUCAUUUAUAAAUAAUCAUUGGACGAAUAGUUGAUAAUACUCUAUUGGUACAUAUAACAUGUUUUCAAUCAUAUUAAUGCAAUACAUUAAAAAGACAGAAUGCCCAGAAUCCUAGAAACGACCGCAGAAUAUAUUUUAAAAUCCCGUACUUACUGACGUUGAAAUACAUUCAGGUAUAUAAUAAUUUAUUUUUGAAGCAGACUACAUGCAAUUGUCGC